CACACCACACCACACCACACCACCACCUUCUUCUUCUUCUUCUUCUUUCUUUUCCUUUCCUUUCCUUCAGUCCUUUCAUUAAAUACCAAAAUAUUAGUAAAUCUUUUCAAUUAAUUUCUUUUCUCAAAUUAUAUUUCCCAAAAAAUUAAACAAAAAAAAUUAAAAAGAUAUCUAUUAAGAAGAAGAGGAAUUUCUCUUUCUUUCUCCCUAACUUACUUACCAUAUAAAAGUCGACUAUCCAUACAUGAAAUGAAACUUCCUUAUGAUAUAAACUCGUCCUAUUAUUCUCCCAUGAAGCAUAUCCUUUUUGUUUGUAAUACUCACCGAUAGGAGGAGGAGGAAGAGGAAGAAGUAUUCGAGCAAUUACUACUAUUUAGUAGCGCUUUCUUGUUGAGUUUUUUUCUUCUUUUUUUAGCCGCCACCAUAUAUAUUUUAGCCCAUAACAGACGAGAAAAGAAAAAAGAAAGAUUAACUGUUAAUAAUACACCUGCCCUUUUUCAAUUCGGUUUUGUUUUGGUGAGGGUUGUUGUUGGUUUUCUUGAUUUUUCAUCAUUCUUUGAAUCUUUUGUGAUUUGGGUUCAUCAAAAGAUUGAUAAAUAAAUUAAUAAAAAGUUUUUAAAGAUUUGGGCUUUUUUGGUUUUUGGUUUUUGGUUUCUUGAUUAAAUCAUGUUGUCAAGAUCUUGUUUCAAUCUUCUCAACCUUGAAGACUAUAUCUGUGCUGAUCGAACCCGGAUUCCCAGAGUCAUGACUGUUCCCGGGAUAAUAUCGGAUGUUGAUGAGGCCACUCUGAAUGGUGACAACAAUGGCGGUGGUGGUGAUCACAAGUCUGAGGAGAUGGAGACUGUUUCAUCAUCAGUGAAUCAGGAGAGGAGGAUCAUUGUGGCUAAUCAGUUGCCAGUCAAGGCUUACAGGAAAGGAGAUGGAGAAGAUGGUCAGAAGUGGUGCUUUGAUUGGGAUAAAGACGCCCUUGUUUUGCAACUCAAGGAUGGUUUCCCUGCUGAUGUGGAGGUGGUUUACGUUGGCUGUUUGAAGGUGGAGGUUGAUCCAAUGGAGCAAGAUGAAGUGGCUCAAUUACUGCUGGAGAAGUUUAGGUGUGUUCCUACUUUUUUACCAUUGGAUUUAAUCAACAAGUUUUACCAUGGCUUUUGUAAGCACUAUCUGUGGCCUCUGUUUCAUUACAUGUUGCCUGUCACACCUAGUAAUGGGGUCAGGUUUGAUAAGUCUAUGUGGCAGGCCUAUGUCUCGGCAAAUAAAAUCUUUGCCGAUAAAGUUAUGGAAGUGAUCAAUCUUGAUGAGGAUUAUGUUUGGAUACAUGAUUACCAUCUCAUGGUGUUGCCCACUUUCCUUAGGAAAAGAUUUCAUCGAAUAAAGCUUGGGUUUUUCCUUCACAGUCCUUUCCCAUCUUCCGAAAUCUAUAGGACAUUGCCUGUUAGGGAGGAAAUUUUGAGGGCCUUGUUGAAUUGUGAUCUUAUUGGCUUCCAUACGUUUGAUUAUGCUAGGCACUUUCUGUCAUGUUGUAGUAGAAUGUUGGGAUUAGAUUACCAAUCGAAAAGGGGGUAUAUUGGGCUAGAUUAUUAUGGUAGGACUGUCAGUAUUAAAAUUCUCCCUGUUGGUAUCCACAUUGGUGAGCUUGAAAGCAUUAAAUCAUCUCCCGAAACGGCCGAGAAGGUGAAACAAUUGAAACAGAAGUAUGAAGGGAAAACUUUGAUGUUGGGAGUUGAUGACAUGGACAUGUUUAAAGGUAUUAGCUUGAAAUUUAUGGCAAUGGGACAGUUGUUAGACGAGCAUCCAGAAUAUAGGGGAAAAGUUGUCUUGGUUCAAAUAAUGAAUCAAGCCAGAAGUCGGGGAAACGAUAUCCAAGAGGUACAAAAUGAGAUCAAUAGAGUUGCCAGUGAAAUCAACCAAAGAUAUGGGAUUCCUGGAUAUGAGCCUAUUGUUUGUGUACAUGGCGAAGUUUCCACCCUGGAUAAGGUUGCUUAUUAUUCUAUUUCGGAGUGUGUAGUGGUCAAUGCUGUGAGGGAUGGUAUGAAUUUGGUCCCCUACAAGUACACUGUGUCUAGACAAGGUUGCCCAAAUCUUGACCAGGCCAUGGGUCUUUCAGAAUCUACAACUCAAAGGAAGAGUGUGAUUGUUGUUUCUGAAUUUAUUGGAUGCUCUCCAUCACUCAGUGGAGCAAUCCGGGUGAAUCCUUGGAAUAUAGAUGAUGUUGCUGAUGGAAUGAAUUCGGCCCUGAAGAUGUCAGAUGCUGAAAAGGAGAUGCGCCAUGAAAAGCAUUACAAGUACAUCACUUCUCACAAUGUUGCUUAUUGGGCUAAAAGUUUCAAUCAGGACCUAGAGAGAUCUUGUGCUGAGCAUUACCUUAAGAGGUGUUGGGGCAUCGGUUUUGCCUUGGGGUUCAGGGUGGUUGCUUUGGGUCCUCAUUUCAGGAAACUUUCGGUGGACCAUAUUGUCUCUGCUUAUAACAGGUCUUCAAGUAGGCUAAUUCUGCUGGACUAUGAUGGGACUAUGCUGCCUCAGGAUAGAGUCGACAAAAGUCCCAGUGACGAUGUUCUUGCUCUAUUAAACAGUUUAUGCAGCGAUCCAAGCAACGUUGUGUUCAUUGUUAGUGGUAGAGGGAAGGAUCCUUUGAGUAAAUGGUUCUCUCCUUGUGAGAAACUUGGUAUCUCUGCAGAGCAUGGUUGCUUUACCCGAUGGACAAAGGACUUCCCAUGGGAAUCCAGCAUUUCAACAUUGGACUUGGAGUGGAAGAAAAUUGCAUUACCUGUGAUGGCACACUACACAGAAGCAACUGAUGGUUCUUCCAUUGAACAAAAGGAAAGUGCCAUCGUGUGGCACCACCAAGAAGCUGAUCCCGACUUUGGCGCAUGGCAAGCAAAGGAUCUGCUUGAUCACCUGGAGAGCGUGCUUGCAAAUGAGCCUGUAGUUGUCAAAAGGGGCCAGCAUAUUGUUGAGGUCAAACCACAGGUAUUGGUUUUUUAAAAUGAUUUUUUUCCCAAUCAAAAGCAUGAUUAGUAACAAGCAGCAUUAUUUAACAUACAAGCUGUCAUAAUUGCAGAGUUUAUAUGGCUUAUUUCUUAUUGAUUACACCUUUUUAGCUACCUCUUUUACAGUUGAUCACGCCUUCUAUUGCUUGUAGUUUCUUAUAUUGAUUAAAACCUCUUAACAUUGUAGGGAAUUAGCAAAGGUGUAGUAGUUGAGAAUCUCAUAGCAACUAUGAAAAGCAGAGGAAAGUCCCCCGACUUUUUGUUGUGCGUAGGUGAUGAUAGGUCAGAUGAAGACAUGUUUGAUAGCAUUGCUAGCUGGGUUGCGAAUCAGUCAUCAGCGACGGAUACAGCUGAAGUCUUUGCCUGCACUGUUGGCCAGAAGCCAAGUAAUGCAAGAUACUACCUUGAUGAUACUUUUGAAGUCAUCAAAAUGCUUCAUGGCCUUUCAACGGCAUCAUCACAGUCGCAGCUUCUGUCAAAGCCUCCUCAUUUUCAGGUGUCAUUUGAAGGAUGAUGAACUAAAAGUCGGGAUGAUGAACUCCUGUAUAGGCACCCAUCUAGAGAUAGCAGAUACUUCACUCAUUGUACAGGAAAACAUACUUUUUCUCUCAUAGGUACUGAUGAAAGGCAAUUGCAGGAAAAAAAAAAAUUAACAAUACGUGAAAGUCUCAUUAUUUCCCUGUUGGAUGUUGUGGUAUUUCCACUAUGUUUGACCUCUGGGGAUUUAGUUCUAGCUUUAUGUUUUUUUGGCCCUCCUUAAAUCCUAGUACUCCAUGACAACUAGCAAUUUGUUUGGUAGUUUCUAGGCUAGUUCAUAAGAUUGCUACACUUUAUUCUUCCCUCUCUUUUUCAACUUGAAAAAAUGUUCUUUUCCUCAACUUUCCUCACUUUGAAUUUGAUUGUUACGAUUUUUGACACUGCAUUUUUUUAAUAUUUUUCUGAGUCAUAUUUUUUCUAUCAAACAUUACAAUUUACAAUUUUUCAUGUGAAAUUGUGAACUAUUUUUAAAGGAUUUAAAGGACAAAAAGAAUAUUAUGUUAAUGUAACAAACAUAAUUGUGAGCGGUUUUUAUGCAAAAUAGUAAUUGCUUGAAUUUACAUUUCAUUGAAUAUUUGAAUUUUUAUUUGCAUUUAGUAUCUGUCCUGCAGAACUGUCUGCCGUACGUCGCCUAUCUAUCUCUAUUGAAUGGAUUUGGAGUUAUUUUCAUCAAUUGUAAAUUUGCAAAUGAUCUUCACUUGUG